UAUUAUUUAGUUAACCAUGUUAAAUUACUGGUGUCUCUUGAUUCAAUUGUUAAAAGGGUGAAAGCAUCUGGUUCUAGGGUUUAAGGUCUCUCGAUCUCAAUUUCUCUGUCCCACCGGAACCUUCAAGAGCUCAAAGCCAUGGCGAGUACCAAAGUCCAGAGGAUUAUGACCCAACCCAUUAACCUGAUUUUCAGGUUUCUUCAAAGUAAAGCUCGCAUUCAGAUAUGGCUUUUUGAGCAGAAGGAUAUGAGGAUUGAAGGCCGAAUCAUUGGCUUUGAUGAGUACAUGAAUUUGGUUCUUGAUGAUGCUGAGGAAGUCAAUAUCAAGAAAAAAACCAGAAAGUCUUUAGGAAGGAUUCUUCUCAAAGGAGACAACAUUACCCUGAUGAUGAACACAGGGAAGUGAUGCUCAUCAGCAACUGUUGAGGCUGUAUUAUGUUUCUAUUUCGGAGGCCUGGAAGUUUGAGCUGUGUAGUGUGUCCUGAUAUAUUGAACACUAAAACAUGCUUUUUUUGGACUGACGAUUUUAGGUGAUAAAUGUAGGUAGGAUAUGAUUCAUGAAGUCCGAAUGUUCAAGCUGAGUUUUCUUUAUAUUCAACUUGGCAAUUAAUAUUUUGAUGCUA